GACAUGUCUGGCCGUGGUAAGGGCGGUAAAGGCCUGGGCAAAGGGGGCGCCAAGCGCCACCGCAAGGUGCUGCGGGACAACAUCCAGGGCAUCACCAAGCCGGCCAUCCGGCGCCUAGCCCGGCGCGGCGGCGUCAAGCGCAUCUCCGGCCUUAUCUACGAGGAGACCCGCGGGGUGCUGAAGGUGUUCCUGGAGAACGUGAUCCGGGACGCCGUCACCUACACCGAGCACGCCAAGCGCAAGACCGUCACCGCCAUGGACGUGGUCUACGCGCUCAAGCGCCAGGGCCGCAGAAGCCAGCCUCCUCUGCGAUUAAGCAAGUGGCGCGACUCAGCCAUGGCUCGUACGAAGCAGACCGCUCGCAAGUCCACCGGCGGCAAGGCGCCGCGCAAGCAGCUGGCCACCAAGGCGGCCCGCAAGAGCGCGCCCGCCACCGGCGGCGUGAAGAAGCCGCACCGCUACCGGCCCGGCACGGUGGCCCUGCGCGAGAUCCGGCGCUACCAGAAGUCCACGGAGCUGCUGAUCCGCAAGCUGCCGUUCCAGCGGCUGGUGCGCGAGAUCGCGCAGGACUUCAAGACGGACCUGCGCUUCCAGAGCUCGGCCGUGAUGGCGCUGCAGGAGGCGUGCGAGGCCUACCUGGUGGGGCUCUUCGAGGACACCAACCUGUGCGCCAUCCACGCAAUGUCUGGUCGCGGUAAAGGCGGGAAGGGCCUGGGCAAAGGGGGCGCCAAGCGCCACCGCAAGGUGCUGCGGGACAACAUCCAGGGCAUCACCAAGCCGGCCAUCCGGCGCCUGGCCCGGCGCGGCGGCGUCAAGCGCAUCUCCGGCCUCAUCUACGAGGAGACCCGCGGGGUGCUGAAGGUGUUCCUGGAGAACGUGAUCCGGGACGCCGUCACCUACACCGAGCACGCCAAGCGCAAGACCGUCACCGCCAUGGACGUGGUCUACGCGCUCAAGCGCCAAGGGCGCACCCUCUACGGCUUCGGCGGCUAAGUAUUUGGUAUCGCCAUAUUUUUCCUAACAAAAGGCCCUUUUCAGGGCCCC